AUGGCGUCCCCGUGGCGCCUGCGCUUCCCCAGACUCAGGAGAGCCUUUCUCAUCCUCCUGGUCAUCGACUUGACCGUGUUUGGCCUGCUCCUACACAUGCUACAACCGCUCUUCCUCCUCCUUCGCAAAAACCAGGAAAUGUUUGGACCCACAGUCCAUCUCUUGGAGCACGACGAUAAUACCCCGGAGUCUUGGCAGCCUAAGAUCCCGCGCAUCUUGCAUCAGACGACAGCCACCAACGAAAUCCCCGACAUGUGGGUCGAGUCGCAAAAGAGCUGCAAGGAUGCAUACUCGGAUUUCGAGUACAAGCUCUGGACCGACAAGCUGGCUCGCGACUUCAUCUCUGUCGAGUAUCCCUGGUUCCUCGAGACCUGGGACGCCUACCCCAUGCCCAUCCAGCGGGCAGACUCGAUCCGCUACUUCGUCCUCUACCACUACGGCGGCAUUUACCUCGACAUGGAUACAUUGUGUAAUAAAACAUUCCCUCUGCACCAGGUCGAAUCCCACUCUGUCAAGCACCACGCCAUCUUCAAAGACACCCGCCCCACUGGCGUCACCAACGACUUCAUGAUCUCUUCCGCACGACACCCCGUCUUCGCAGCUGCCAUCGCUAGACUCCCUUUCUUCUAUUCCAUCAGCCGAGUAUGGGGCAAGUUCCUCCCCUACGUCGCUAUUAUGAUCACCACUGGCCCAUUCUUCCUCACACUGGCGGCCGAGGGCUACCUUCUCGAGCAACCCUCCCUCCGCUCGCCGACAGUCGCAAUCAUCAACCAAACCGAAUUAGAUCCCUACAUAACCGACCUCCAGAGUUGCACCUGGCACCAGGGCGACGCCCAGACCAUCAUGUGGAUCGGACGUCACCCGUGGGUCUGGUUCGCCAUGGGAGGCGUAGGAGUGGCUGUCGCAUUAUACGUCCUGAACUUUCUCCUCGUGAUUUGGCGCAGGGUUGUCUUCCGCAACAAGUCAACAUCUUCACAGAAGGUAGCAUAA